AGAAGAAGAAGGGAAAAGUCAUGGCGGCUGACAGUUUGUGAUGAGCCAACGAAAAUAGUAAAAGUCACUUCCAAGUUGGAUAUUUAGGGUUGAAGCGAGGACUAGCGAUCCCAACUCCGCCGGCAAAAUGCAGAUAACUUUGAAGACCUUACAGCAACAGACGUUUAAAGUCGAAAUCGAUGAAGAGGAGACGGUGAAGACUCUGAAGGAAAGGAUCGAACAGGAGAAGGGAAAGGAGCAAUUUUCAGUUGCUGGACAGAAACUGAUAUAUGCAGGUAAAAUCCUCAGCGAUGACACGCCGCUCAAAGAAUACAAAAUCGAUGAGAAGAACUUCGUGGUCGUCAUGGUGACAAAGGUCAAAGCAGCCCCCGCUGCUCCUGCAGCCUCUUCGACAGCUCCAGCUCCCAGCUCCUCGGCUCCAGCAGCCCCUCCGGCCUCCUCCACCUCCCCCACCUCGUCCGCCUCCUCAGACAAGCCAACAGAGUCUCCCGCCAAGGAGGACAAACCGGAGGAGAAGCAGUCUUCCACCGCCGAGCCGCCGUCCACCCCUGUCGGAAGCUCUGAAGUUUCGGCACCUUCAAACUUUGUCAGUGAAGCUGUGUCAACUCUUGUAACAGGCCCGUCCUACGACGCCAUGGUGAAUGAGAUGAUGCUGAUGGGCUAUGAGAGGGAGCAGGUGGUGGCAGCACUGAGAGCCAGCUUCAACAACCCGGACAGAGCCGUGGAGUACCUGCUCACAGGUUUCCCUGGCAGAGAUCAGGCCCCUGCAUCGGUACCUGAGACAGUGCCGCCUCCGGCCAGCGGCGCUCCGGCGGCGCCUGCAGGUGGCAUCAGCGUCCCCGCCAGCACCGGCUCCUCGCCCAGCGGUGGGGGAGCCAACCCCUUGAGCUUCCUGAGAAACCAGCCCCAGUUCCACGUGAUGCGACAGCUGAUCCAGCAGAACGCCGCCCUGCUGCCCGCUCUGCUGCAGGAGAUCGGCAGGGAAAACCCCGAGCUGCUGCAGGAGAUCAGCAGCCACCAAGAGGAGUUCAUCCAGAUGCUGAACGAGCCCAACCCGGACGCCGUGCCCGUAGGAGGCGGAGGAGGCGGAGGGGCGGGAGGAGCAGGGGGAGCCGGCGGGAUCGGAGGCGAGACACCUGGUGGAAGCAUGAACUAUAUUCAGGUCACGCCCCAGGAGAAAGAGGCCAUAGAGCGGCUAAAAGCCUUAGGAUUUCCAGAGGGACUUGUUAUACAAGCCUACUUUGCCUGUGAGAAGAACGAGAACCUGGCUGCCAACUUCCUUUUACAACAGAACUUUGACGACGAUUGAAACGGCCUUUUUCCAUUUUUUUUUUUUUUUUCUUUUUGUUUGCAUACUUCUUCCUGUACUUUUUGAUUGCUCAUAUUCAAUAUACGUGUACAACAAGCCUUUUAGUUUCCCACAAAGGUAUCUCACUCACCUCUUCCACGUCCAACUCUCUCUCAUAACACUGGAUCAUUAUCAGCUGUUGGCUGGUGUUCGAGUACAGGCUGUUGUUUGUGAUCAGUUCAAAAUGGCAAAAAAAAAAAAUUAAAGUACAAUACUUUGCAUCAUGAAUUACCUGUGUG